AUGUUCAACGACUGCUUCCCGAUCUUUGGCUACUCGCGCAAGCCGUACAUGUUUAUCGGCUGGACGCUGUGUGCUGCGAUUCUCGUCUACAUUGCGUGCAAGCCGGCGGGCGACCCGGGCUCGAGCUCGGAUGGCUCGCAGCUUGCGCUUCUCUGUACGAUUGUGGGCUUUUGCUACGUCAUGGCCGACGUCGCGCAGGACGGUUUGAUGCUCACGUACGCGCAACGCGAGCCGAUCGCGAUCCGCGGUCGUCUCCAGUCAAUGAUUUAUGCCACACGCUCGGUCUUUAUGGGUAUUAUUUACCUCAUUUGCGGUCUCUGCCUCAACUCGAAGGAAUUCUCGGGCGGCUUUGACUGGGACAUUGGUAUCAACGGGUACUUCUGGAUCUUGGCCGUCCCGUCGAUCAUCAACGUGCCGGUCAUGUGGUUCUUUGUCAAGGACGCCAAGCGCGAGCGCGUCCCCGUGGGCAUUUACUUUUCCAACUUUUGGGAGCUCGUCCAGCACCGCGCCGUGUGGCAAGUGCUCUGCUUCAACUUUCUCUUUUCGCUUUUCACGGGCAACAUCACGUCGACGGCAACGUACUACGUGUCGCUCAACUGGGCCGGCGUCGAGAACCUCAACAACCAAAUCAUGGGCGUCGUCGGCCAGCUCAUCUUUGCCGGCGUCUUGGUGCUCACGGGUACCUACGGCACGCACUGGAACUGGCGCUACGUGCUCGUCAUCACGAUUCUCACGGCCAACAUCAUCGACUCGGUUUGCCAGUUUUUGACAGUCUACGCUAUCGUCCGCAACCAGUGGUUCUACCUCGGUGUGCCCGUCAUGGAGAACAUUCCGAUUGGCAUCAACUUUGUCAUUGGUACAUACGUCAUUGUCGAGCUCGCCGAAGUCGGCAACGAAGGCGUCAUGUACGGGCUUUUGACGACCGUCACGAACCUCCCGGGUACCUUUGGCACGAUGAUCACCAACUUGAUCGAUGGCCAGCUCAACUACAACAAGAAGCUCAUCAAGCUCGACUCGGACGAGACGCGCAACCAAGUCGCGUACUCGUACAUCAUCUCGUACUGCUUUGCGGUCAUUGGUUGCUGCUGGGUCGUGUUGCUUCCGCCGCAAAAGGCGGCUGUCGCCGAGCUCAAGAAGAACGGCGGCCGCCAGCCCAUCUGUCUUGCGUGAUACGUGCUGUGGUAAUACAUGAGCUAAAGUGGUGCCAAUGGUUAUGUAGCCGGUCAGCACAAAACUUGUGCAAACCUCUAGCCAACAAGCGCAGUCUAAAAUCACGCAAAAACUUUACGUAAUUGCCGUGAGCACGCACUUGUAAUUUGUG